AUGGCGUUCAACAAAUUUGCUGCCACACAGGGGCAAGAGGUGCAACAAAGAAAGGAGUUUCAGUGGGCCAAUGACAAUGAGAGAGGUGGUCCACUGCAGCCAAUCGGCGCAGAACGGGUGAAGGAGGAUGGCAAAGGUGCCUUUGGGAUUGGCCCCGGGGCGACGGAUUUGCGGCAGAAGCUCGACGAGCAGCUGCGCCGGCAGGAGGAGCUCCAGCGGCAGCUGGCCCAGCUCGAGGGCGGCGGGGAGAACGAGGAGGAGGCAGAGCCGGCAGAGCUCACCGAGCCGCCUGCGCCUGCUGUCCAACAGGAGUCGGCUCCAGAGACUUCGGAAAAGGCUGAGCCAUCACCGACAGCGAACACCGCUGUUGAAGAGAUGGACGACGAGGCUAUCCUCCGCGCUCUGGAGGAGCAGCGGUCGCUGCGGCGGAGCCUCCGUGCGCGGUUGCAGCACCUGCUGGGUGAGAGGAGCGUUGGCGAGACGGCCCAGGAUCCACAG